AUGUCUGUACCGGUAUCUGUCGGCGACAAAAGUCAGACCCCGGUCUCCAUGACCGAAGGGAGUUCGAUUCCGGAGACUUUGACCAACAUAGAUCUCAGCGACAGCAAAGAGCUUUUACGGCAGCUAAGGCGACAUAUCAGCUGGAUUGUCGAAUGGGUCGAAAAGAAUAAACCCUUGUGCAAUUCCAACAACGAAGACGAGUCUAUAGGAGAGGUUGGUGGGAAAGCUAAGCUAGAUGUCGGCCACUCAAUCCAGCCUCCCAUUCCGGCCAAUACCGAAUGGUAUACUUCAUCCUCCUAUGAUUACCAGAAUACCGACAAGAGUAGGGAGGUUCUGAGUCACGACACGGGCGAUGAAGCAAAAAAUAAUCUAGGUGACGAGGCUAAAGAACCAAGCACCGUCCCGCAUCGCCUGGUCGACGCCCACGAAGCAGCAGCCAAAUCUCUCGGGUAUGGAAGGAUCCCUUACGAGUACCUGGUAAAUCCUGAGGAGUAUGGAAACCAGUACUUCGAGGUCAAGAAGUCGCGACUUGGAGGGAACGGGGCUUUUGCAAAGACGGAUCUGAGGAAAGGCCAGUUGAUUCUCGCAGAACGUCCAAUACUUACGGCAAGCCCUGUCACUUUAUACCAGGAUAUAGAGUUACUAGCGCCGGAGCUUCAAGCUGCGUUCUAUCGAAUGCAUGGGCACAAAAGAUCCCCUGAUCAUGACAAGCGGCAGGCAAUCUUCCUGACUAACGCCUUUGCGGUUAAGGAAUCAUCCUUCAUCUACUUUAUUGCCGCACGAUUUAAUCACGCCUGUGGCCAGGUCAGUUCUGUCAAGUACCGUAUCGCUCAGAACAAUAUUAUAGAGCUCCGAAUGGCGAAGGAUGUGCCCGCUAGCACCGAGCUGACCAUCUCGUACGGAUCGAUGUCGCCGAGCAGCCUAUAUGCACUAUGGGGGUUCCGCUGUGCUUGUGGUGGCUGUAGGCCCCUUACGGACGCUGAAGUCAAACGAUUAGACAAGAGGGAUGAUGAUGCAUAUGGAAUCUGGUAGGGUACCGAUAAGAGACGGUUAGACAUUAGACGUGGGUGGAUAGAUACAUGGGCCCUGUUUAGAUGGGUGGCUUUUCGCGACUGGGUUUGUUCUAGCAAAGAUUGACCCUGAUUCUUUGAUUUUUU